UCGUUGUUGCAGCAGAGCAGGUGGAAAUCCGAGGCAUUUAUGGCCACCGGGAUCCUCCUCGGCCUAUAAAUCCGUCUCGGCAUUUAUGGCCACGGCUCCUCUCAGCCUCACUUCGCUCACUCGCUCGCUCCUGUGGCCUCCGACGCCACCGAGGGGAAGGAAAGAGACCGAUCCGUUCCAGACGAGGCGAAGGCGGCGCCCAUGGGGAGGACUCCGUGCUGCGACAGCAAGGGGAUCAAGAAGGGCCCGUGGACGCCCGAGGAGGACAAGCUGCUCGUUGACUACGUCCAGGCAAACGGAUCCGGCAGCUGGCGCCUACUCCCCAAGCUCGCGGGGCUGAACCGGUGCGGCAAGAGCUGCCGGCUGCGGUGGACGAACUACCUGCGCCCGGACAUCAAGCGCGGGCCCUUCACCCCGGAGGAGCACAACUCCAUCCUCCAGCUCCACGCCAUCGUCGGCAACAAGUGGUCCAUGAUCGCGGCGCAGCUGCCGGGCCGGACGGACAACGAGAUCAAGAACUACUGGAACACGCACCUCAAGAAGCAGCUCCGCCAGGAGGCGCUCGGCGAGGACGCCGCCGCCACGCGGCUCGCCGCGGCGGCCUGCCCCGCCGCGCGCCACAUGGCCCAGUGGGAGACCGCCCGCCUCGAGGCCGAGGCGCGCCUCUCCAUCCUCUCGUCCUCGAUCACAACAACGAUCACCUCCGGCCCCACCGCUUCCUCGUCAUCGUCCACCGUCGCGGGUGCCGAGCAUGCGGCCCCCGACAUCUUCCUGCGCCUCUGGAACUCCGAGGUUGGGGAGUCCUUCCGCAGCUCCGUUGUGCAGGGACAAGGUCCGGACCCGGCAGCGAGUGCAGUCGGUCUGCCAGCUUUGCCUGCGCCCGGCGAUGGCUCCUCGGCUGCGACGUCCACCAUCGCGACUGAGGCGGCGGACGAGUACCAGGCGUUCCUAGACCUGGCGGUGGAGGAGUUCGCGCUGUUGCACGGCCGGCUCGGCGCGUUCUCGGUGUUCCCGCCGGCCGACGUGCUCGCCGAGGCGUCCUGCCUGUUCACGCCGUUCGAGUAA